UUCAGUUGCACAAAGGACAUCCGGGGAUGCAGAGAAUGAAAGCCAUCGCGCGAAGUUUUCUGUAUUGGCCGAUGAUCGACGACGAUAUUAUGAGCUACGUGGCCUCGUGCGGAUCUUGUUCGGCAGCCGCAAAAGCACCCCCUCGAGCGACACCAGCGGCAUGGCCAACACCAACGGGCACCUGGCGUAGAGUACACGUGGACUACGCUGGGCCAUGGGAAGGUUUUUACUUUUUAGUCGUUGUUGACGCCUUCUCCAAGUGGCCUGAGAUCUACAAAACAUCGAGCACAACAACAUCCGCCACUAUUUCCAUGCUACGGAACAUUUUCGCUCGCUUCGGUAUGCCGGAAACGCUGGUUAGUGACAACGGGCCCCAAUUUACAAGCAGCCUGUUUGAGGAGUUUUGCAACAGCAACGGGAUCGACCACGUCACUACGGCGCCAUUCCACCCACAAUCGAAUGGUCAGGCGGAGCGUUUUGUCGAUACGCUCAAACGAGCGCUGCGGAAGAUCCAGAGCGACGAGACAUCCCUGGACGAAGCGCUGGAACUUUUCCUCAUGGCAUACAGAUCGACACCAAACGCGCAGUUGAGCCAACAGAAAACUCCUGCUGAGGAAAUGUUCGGCCGCCCCAUCAGAACAGCACUGGAGCUGUUGCGGCCCCCAUCGUCACACUCAUUAUCUGCUCCCUCCUCUAUUUCAGUGCGGAGAUUUCAACCAGGCGAGCUCGUUUCUACAAAAUCGUUCCACCGAAACUCUUGGAAGUGGAUACCUGGAAAGAUCGUGCGAAGCUGUGGAAGAGUUAUGUAUGAUGUCAUUGCGGACAGCGGACGUUUACUUCGGCGCCACAUAAACCAAAUAAGGCGACGUGUCGCUGGCAGUGCAACCCAGAAGCAUCAGAUUCCGCUCGACGUGCUGCUAGCGGAAUGGCCUUCGUUUUCCCGACAUGAACCGACCCAGCCGGCAUCGGAGACAGGCAGGUGCGAAUCGUCCGCGCCACCACCGUCAUCGUUCGCAUUAACAUCACUAGCACCGAGCGCCCCGACGGAUGUCCCUGUGACGACAUCCCAAUCGUUUCAUCCUCCCGAGCUUUCCAACCGUUACAAGGGUAGGACCUCUCAGCGGCCGUUAGAUUUGCCACGCAGGUCUUCUCGAGUUAGAAGACUUCCGCGUCGGCUUGGAGCCUAUCAGCUCAAUUAGACGGGGGAGAUGUUGCA